AUGGUUCGGGGCCCACGGGCCCCACACUGGGUGGCUGCGGGACUGCUGACCUGGGCGGCUUUGGGGCUGCUGGUGGCCGGACACGAGGGCCACGAUGGCCCGCACCGAGACGUGGAAGAGGACGGCCACGGGCACUCACACGAAGCUUUCCACCAUGGCCACAGCCAUGCCCAUGGUCACGGCCACACUCACGAGAGCAUCUGGCACGGGCAUGCCCACAGCCACGGCCAUGGACACCCACACGGGGAUUUGCACCAUGGCCACUCCCACGACAGCCACCACCACGGAGGACACAGACAUGCCCACGAACAUAGCCACGCAGCUCCGGCUCCAGGCACGAAGCACCACCUGGACACUGUCACGCUCUGGGCCUAUGCGCUGGGGGCCACCGUGCUGAUCUCGGCAGCCCCGUUCUUCGUGCUCUUUCUCAUCCCAGUGGAGUCAAACUCUCCCAGGCAUCGCUCUCUGCUCCAGAUCUUGCUCAGCUUUGCUUCCGGCGGCCUCCUGGGUGAUGCCUUCCUGCACCUUAUCCCUCAUGCUCUGGAGCCUCACUCUCACCACACUCCGGAGCAGCCAGGACACGGACACUCCCACAGUGGCCAGGGCCCCAUCCUCUCCGUGGGGCUGUGGGUUCUCAGUGGGAUUGUCGCCUUCCUCGUGGUGGAGAAAUUUGUGAGACAUGUGAAAGGAGGACAUGGGCACAGUCACGCGCACGGGAGCCAUGGACAUGGAAGACAGGGAUCUCCUUCAAAGGAACAGCCCAGCUCAGGGGCAGCAGAAAAGGAAACGGGCUUGCGGAAAAGGAGAGGAGGAGACACAGGGCCCAGAGAUGGCCCAGCGAAACCUCAGAACCCUGAGGAGGAAGAAGAAAAGCCAGGCUCAGACCUGCGUGUGUCUGGAUACCUAAAUCUGGCUGCUGACUUGGCACACAACUUCACAGACGGACUGGCCAUUGGUGCUUCCUUUCGUGGGGGCCAAGGGCUCGGGAUCCUGACCACAAUGACAGUCCUGCUACACGAGGUGCCUCAUGAGGUCGGCGACUUUGCCAUCUUAGUCCAGUCUGGCUGCAGCAAAAAACAGGCGAUGCGUCUGCAACUCCUGACCGCAGUAGGAGCACUGGCCGGCACAGCCUGUGCCCUUCUCACCGAGGGAGGGGCAGUGGGCAGUGACGCAGCAGGUGGUACAGGGCCUGGCUGGGUCUUGCCCUUCACUGCAGGUGGCUUCAUCUACGUAGCAACAGUGUCUGUGCUGCCCGAGCUGUUGAGGGAGGCAUCCCCACUGCAGUCCCUUCUGGAGGUGCUGGGGCUGCUGGGGGGCGUCCUCAUGAUGGUGUUGAUCGCCCACCUCGAGUGAGGGAGGGGUGGGCCUCAGGUGUGACAGCCACACAGCAUGAGAGCCAGCGGGACCAAGU